UGUGGACUUUACAUGUGGAAAAGGAGCUGGGAAAUAAGGGGCUACUUCCAAGGGCAGCUUUGCCUGCCUGUUGGAGGUACAGAGCUCUCAGCCACCCUGAGCUAACAGAGACCUGAAGCCAUUGUAUGUGGUCUCCCAUCCAUAGCAGGGCAGAUACCAUCAUGCCUUCUUGGUUAGCCUUCCCCAGCCUCAUACUACUUUGGGCAGAUGCUGUAGUUUCUGUGUCAUAUGUGACUGGAGUGGUGGGUCAGUCUGUCACGCUACCCUGUAUCUUUUCAACAGCUCAUGAAAUCUCACCCAUGUGCUGGGGUCGAAGGGCAUGUCCUUCAUUCAGUUGCUCAAAUGAACUCAUAAUGACCGAUGGCUACCAUGUCACCUUUGAGAAGGACAAACGUUAUAGGAUGAAUGGAAUCAUUCCCAGAGGGGAUUUGUCUCUAACCAUACAGAAUGCAGCCCUGUCUGACACUGGCACCUAUUGUUGCCGUAUUGAGUUCACAGGGUUGUUUAAUGGUUAUAAGAAGAAUAUAUUUUUGGAGAUAAAGUCAGCUCCACCUAAGGUCACCAUGGGCCCAAAAUCACCUAUGGUCUUCAUGUCUGCUCUACAAAGCCAGCAGGAGAGUAGCAGAAAUUUAAGACAGGCAAACUAA